AUGUCCAUUAUAGGGAAGUUUAGGCGAUCAAACAAUUCACAGCUUGCUUUUGAAAUCGACUCCCUUGGUGUCAGGGCUAAGCUUCGCUAUGAUCUUGAAGCCAUUGGACUCUCCUCGUCCGACUAUGGAAACAUCGUUCAAGAAAUUCCUUCAGCAGUUCUUUUUCCUACAUCCAUUGACGAUAUUAUGGAGCUUAUCAAAUUUUCUAACGAAUGUCCCCUCCCAUUUAACGUGGCAGCACGGGGCCAUGGACAUUCUACUAGAGGACAGGCCAUGGCACAUAAUGGAGUGGUGGUGAAUAUGCUUUCUUUAGAGAAACAGUGUAAAAAUGGGAAUAGAAUUAAGGUUUCUACAUCCGGAAAUUAUGCAGAUGUUGGUGGUGAACAGCUGUGGAUUGAUGUAUUGAAUGCCACCCUACAACACGGCCUUGCACCUGUUUCAUGGACUGACUAUUUAUACCUAACUGUUGGGGGUACGCUUUCCAAUGCUGGAAUCAGUGGGCAAACCUUCCUCUAUGGUCCUCAGAUUAGCAAUGUUCUUGAAAUGGAUGUUAUCACAGGUAAAGGGGACUUCAUGACUUGCUCCAGAGACAAGAACUCAGAAUUAUUUUAUGCAGUUCUAGGAGGUCUGGGGCAGUUUGGUAUCAUAACUAGCGCAAGAAUUCUCCUAGCAAAAGCACCAAAAAGGGUGAAAUGGGCGAGAAUGCUAUAUAGUGAUUUCUCAAUCUUCACAAGAGAUCAAGAACAUCUUAUCUCAAUCAAGGGUCUAGAAUAUUUGGAGGGUUCUGUCAUGAUGGACUACACUCCAACAAAUAACUGGAGAUCUUCCUUUUUCUCACCUGCCCAUGAAUCCCAAAUUAGUUCUCUGUUGAAGAAACAUGGCAUCGUGUAUUGCUUAGACAUGGUCAAGUAUUACGAUGAUGAGACCGUCAACUCGGUCGAUAAAGAAGUUGAGAUGCUGCAGGAGGGAUUGAACUACAUUCCUGGUUUUGCUUUCAUGAAAGACCAAACCUAUGUUGAUUUCCUCAAUAGAGUUCGACGAGGGGAAAUAAACCUAAAAUCAAAAGGGUUAUGGGACGUUCCUCAUCCAUGGCUGAACCUCUUUAUACCAAAGUCCCGUAUCAUGGAUUUCAAUGCUGGUGUUUUUGUAGACAUUAUUCACAGACAAAAAAUGAGCACAGGGCCCCUACUUGUCUACCCAACAACUAAAAUAAAAUGGGAUGAUAGGAUGUCUGUAGUUACACCAGAUGAGGAUAUCUUCUACUGUGUGGGACUAUUGCAUUCAAGCAGUCGCAGUGACUGGCAAGAUUUGGACAAUCAAAACAAUGAAAUUCUGGAAUUCUGUGAUAGAGCUGGAAUAGAGAUGAAGCAGUAUCUUCCACAUUACAAAUCCAAGGAAGAUUGGAUUAAGCAUUUUGGUUCAAAAUGGAACACUUUUCAAGAAAGGAAAGCACAGUUUGAUCCAAGAAUGUUACUGUCACCAGGACAAAAAAUUUUCAACGCUGUUUAA